UCGUAUUGUAGUUGUCAUUGCAGCGUCCGUACAUCUGCUGAAAUGAUGUCUUCGGGACCCACAACAACCACGGAGGCACUCAACAGUGGACAGGAGGCAAACAAGAGGGCAGCGUGUCCAUUAUAUGGCUGUAAACGGGUUUAUGCUGAUAUGAAUGCUCUGCAAACACACAUAAAGGACCAUGAGAUCCCAGCUCAGUCUCUUCCUGGUAAAGUGUUGCUGUGUUCCACCAUCGGCUGCAGUGGGUCCUUCCCCGACAUGCAGAAACUCAUGGAACAUAUGAGGCAUCAUCAUAAACCCAACAUAUUCUUCUUGUGUGAGAGCUGUCGCACAAAGCUGAGAUCCUACCGUGGCCUCCUGACCCACCUCCACACCUGCUCCAAGGUGCCACGGGGCCAAAAAAAGCCCCCUGAGGCGACACCCUCGCAGCCCACUGCUGUGACUCCCAUGGCUGUGGACCAGAACCCACAACAACCAGACUCUGCUGUGACUACCCCUCAGCAGCAGUCCUCUCAGGUCCCUGAUGGUGCUACUCAGAUGGACCUGGCUCCUCCCCCUGGUUCAUCUAACCCUCAGCUCCCCCCUCCACAGCUCACAGAGGCACUGCCACAGCUCAAGAUUGACCCAUCCCAGGUGUCGCUGCCAUUAAAACCAGAGGAACAAAAGGCUCCAGACCCCACAGAGACCCAGAUUCAGCAGCAGUCACAGACCCAGAUUCAGCAGCAGCAGCCUCAGACCCAGAUUCAGCAACAGCAGCCACAGACCCAGGUUCAGCAGCAGCCACAGACCCAAAUUCAGCAGCAGCCACAGACCAGGUCUCCUGAGCCGGUCCAUCCUUUAGGACCAGCUUCCCAAUCUCCUCCUGGGUUGUCUGCAGUCUGGAAGAAGAACCAAGGGCUGACCUGUAGCAGACGUAUCCUCUGGGAACACACCAAAGGCCGCUACACCUGUAUCCAGUGUGGCCACAGUGUAACCAAUCGCAAAGACAUGACCCAACACAUCAACACCCACCACAGUGGAAACAGACCCACAGAGGAUACAGCGAACGCCGUCACCAACACUUAGUGGAAAGAUGAGGUAUCUCUGCUCAUUGAAUCCACUUUGACGACAAGAUACAAGACUGUCUGACAUAGUAGAACCCAAAGCUAAAACCAUCUCUGUACAAACAACAGGAGGAAAUUCAGUUCACAGGCAGAUAAAGAUGAAUGUUGUGAAUAACGUUUGUGUAUUUGCAUGUAGAGAAACUAUUAUACUGUGUGUUUUGUAGCAACAACUCUGCAACAGUAACCGUUUUUAGAUGAUAAUAAAGCAUCUGGACAUCUUAACA